UUUGUGUUUAUUUUGCGCAAUGACAGCUGUGUGAUGUAAAUGAACGCAGUGCCUCACCAAAACAUUGCAUUAUUCUAUUGAGGAUUAGUAAAAUUCGAAUAAUUACGUACAACAGGAAUGGCGCUUAUCACACGAUUUGGAAAACCGAUACUACCUGUACGGAUUGUGUGUUGCCGUUUUCAAUCCACCCAACCAGAUGCUUCUAGCAAACGUAUUGAUGAUGAGGAAUUCCCGGUUUUGAAUUUUAAGCAAGUCAAAACUAGACCACCUGCUCGAAGGAGGACGAUGAAAGAGGUUCCUCCACCAAGAUUCCAACAAAUGGCGACAGAUCAGGACUGGGGUGCGGUGUGGCCGGGUCCAAAAUCAUUCAACCCAUCAGCCGUUCCGCUGCCACUGCGUCAAGGCUACGUCUCUAAAAAGCAUCAGUUUCCACCGGGCAAAUUUGCGAAUGCAGAACUAAUGAAAAUACCAAACUUUCUGCAUCUCACCCCACCAGUCAUCAAGAAGCAGUGUGAAGCACUCAAACAAUUCUGUACCCCAUGGCCCAAAGGUCUUGAAAGCGAGGACAAAAUGAAGCAGCACUUUCCGGUGGAUUUCAUCUCUUCGGACUACUGUCACGCCUUACCGACAAUUCGUAACCCGCUUUCACGUAUAGUAACGAUCCAGCUGAAGCUCGAUACGCUGAAGCUCAACAAACACGCCAAGGAUAAGUUUCUAAGGUUGGUUGGAGAGCGGUACAAUCCCGAUACUGACGUACUUACCCUGGUGACGGAUAGAUGUCCGCUGAAAAAGCAAAAUUAUGACCACGCAAUGUAUUUGUUGACGGCACUUUAUCAUGAAUCUAACAUUGUUGAGCCUUGGGAGGAAACGAAAUCGGAAGCCGAUAUGGAGUAUUACGACUUCAAUCGCAAUCGUGCGAAAAUUAGUUCGGAAGCUAUUCUAAACUGGAACAAACCAGAGGAUGUUCAGAGAGUGGAGGCACCCCAGAGUUAUGCUCGCUCGAUAGAGCAACUGUUUAAUGAUGGCGAAAAUGAGUACAACCUCCAGAAGUACAAGGAACAGACCUUAUCAUUGUUGGGCCUUGUCAAAUAGGAUUGGAUAUGUCUUUAAGAAAGUAUUGAAGAAAGUAUAA